UUUUGAGCUCCCUGACGCCUUUAUAAAAGGCUUUACUGACGUCACCGAGCCACAAUGAGCUCACUUCAUACUGUUAGUGACGCGUCGUCAUGCAAAAGGUUCGCCGCUCUCCGUAUGAGCGAAAGAUGGGCACACAGUCGCUCAUGUUGCGAUGAAGCCAUAAUGGGUUAAACUGAGAGCCCUGAAUAUUUAUUUUUGAAGAGAGCAACUACCUUGUGGACACCACAACAUGAGCGACAAUAACUACUGGGGACAGCACGACUUCAGCAGACUGUGCUGUGGGCUGCCGAGUGGCCAAGUGGAACAUAACCUGACCGAGCUGCGACCGCUGCAGCAAUUGGACAAAGAAUGCCACUCUAACCUCUUCCUUCCAAAAUCUCCAUGCUACUCUGAGUCCUCCUGCCUGCCAUUGGACAAGACUCUUCGAUCUCAUGAAGGAGACCAGGUGGUGCCUUAUUGUUCUUCCCACAGAUGGACAGUGUUUUGGGGUCCGCAGAAGGAAGCCAAACCUUUGCCGCCAUUACCCGACCCCGAGGAGCUCAUGACGGACGAUGCAGCGGAUAAUGAAGUAGAGUUCUUCACCAGCGAGCGACAGCCUCUCUUGCCCAAAAGCUGCCCUAAGAUGGUGUGCGGUAACAGAGGUCAAGUAAAUCCCACCUAUCAGGGGGGGCCGUCACAGUCCUUGGCAUUUUCCUGGCCCAGCAGAGGGGAUGACCUCCGAGCUAAUGACUGUCUUCCUGUUCAUCUGACAGAGAACCAUCAGGAUACGUCGUGUAAUAAACAUCCAGACUAUAAACUCAACUGGUUCUCCUCUACCAUCCCCUCAGAGAAACCCCAAAUUCCUCCUCGUAUCCCGAUCCCACCGAAACCCCCCCUCAAGACUGCGGGCGGUGAGGAGAAGCCGCCCAAAAUCCCUCCAAGAGUUCCUCUAGUACCCCCCUGUCCGCCUCGUUCACCGAGCCCUAAAAGCCUCCCGAUUUACAUCAAUGGCGUGAUGCCGGCCACUCAGAGUUUUGCUGCUAACCCGCAAUAUGUGAGCAAGUCACUUCUGAGCGAGAGGGCGCCCCCCGCAGUUCAGUUCUCUCCCUGCAUCGUUCCUAUUUUAAAGGACGGCAGACAGGCCAGCGCCACGCACUACAUCCUCCUUCCCCCGCGCCAAAAGACAUCCACGGAAAGACGAGGGCGACUCUUGAGUGAACCUGCCAGGACAGGACAUGAAUGGCAAAACCGUUAA